AUGUCUACUUUAAAAAGUUGUGAUUCUCAGGAAUUUGCCAUAAACAAAAAAACUUCAUCUGAGGUACCAGAAUGGACAAAAGGGAACUAUGAGAUUAACUGGGUUGCCGUUGCUGUACUCUUUGUACCUCCGCUUAUGGUUAUUGCAGCUAUUUCAGCAGGUAUACCUCUUCUACAAAAUACUCUAUUAGUGGGUAUCUUUUUCUACAUUUUCAACGGCAUGAUUGGUAUCACUGUUGGAUAUCACCGUCUCUUUGCGCACAGAAGCUAUAUUGGACAUCCAAUACUGCAGUGGAUUUGUGCAUUCGCAGGUGCAGGUGCUUUUGAAGGAUCUGCAAAGUGGUGGGGUCGUAAUCAUCGCAUUCAUCAUCGUUAUAUUGAUACACCUAAAGACCCCUAUGAUGCUACCCGUGGUUUUUUGUUUUCGCACAUGGGGUGGAUGGUAAUGAAACAAAACUAUGCUCUCCUUGGCAAGGUUGAUGUCAGUGAUUUUAAGUAUAAUAAUAUAAUCCAGUUUCAACAUCGUCACUUCUUCAAGAUUGCCAUGGUGUCUGGCAUCAUUCUUCCAACCGUAAUAUGUGGUCUCGGAUGGGGUGAUUGGCUUGGAGGAUACUUCUAUGCUUCUCUCGCAAAAAUUGUGUUUGUGCAUCAUUGUACCUUUUUUAUAAACAGUUUGGCUCACACAAAUUUAUUUGGUGGAAAACAAAAUUAUUCUGAUCGACAUUCAUCUCAUGACUCUAUGGUAUGUGCACUACUAACAUUUGGAGAGGGUUAUCACAACUUUCACCAUGAAUUUGCACAAGAUUAUCGCAAUGGUGUAAAGUGGUACCAUUUUGAUCCAACAAAAUGGGUUAUUCGUUCCUGUGAAACUUUGGGACUAGCCUCAAAUCUUACACGUACUCCAAACGAUAUAAUUGAACGAAACAUGAAACAACUUCGUCAUAAGAAUUAUCUUGUGGAAAUCGCAAAACUUGAAAAACGGCUAAAAGAACUCGAACCUCCCAUUUCUGAGGAAUAUACGUGGAAAGAUAUUGAGGAUCUUGUCAGGCAAGGCAGAAAGCUCAUUGUAAUUGGAGAUAGUGUGAUUGAUGUCCAAAAAUCAGUUCCCACAGGCCCAGGCUACACCCACGGAGAUGAGAGAAUUGUCUGGUAUGAAGCCCACCCGGGCGGGAAAAAACUUCUUGACAUGUACGUUGGAAGAGACGCCACAGAAGUGUUUCUUGGUGGCAUCUACAAACACUCCCUGGGUGCCGAGGGUCUUAUUCCACACCUCCGUGUUGCAAAGAUUAAACGGGAAUGA